ACUUCGGCUUCGAGCUCUACAGGCAGCUGGCGCCCCCGCAGUCCCCCGAGAACUUCUUCUUCUCGCCCUACAGCAUCUGGACGGCCUUCACCCUCGUCUACUUCGGCACCGGAGGGGAGACGGCGGCGCAGCUCCAGAGGGCCUUGAGGGUCGGCGACCAAGCAACCACGCUCGGGCUUUGGCGGGAGCUGGAGGCCAAGUACCAACAGCGCCAGGCUAACAACAAGGCGUACACGUUCACCGUCGCCAAUCGAGCGUUUAUUCACAACAACCUUCCCAUCCGACCAUGCAUCUCCAAUUUGCUGAAGACAGAAGUGGAAAGAGUAAACUUCCUUGAUACCCUGCCUCUGGUCGCCCACAUCAACAACUUCGCCUCCGCCUCAACCAAGGGCAGGAUCACCGAGAUUGUGUCUGCGGACGACUUGGUAGACGCCCUUAUGGUGCUUAUCAACGCUGCCUACUUCAAGGGCACGUGGCAGUACUUCUUCGACGCUGCGGCCACCACACCUAGGGAGUUCUACGUUACACCCGGCGACUCCGUCAUGACCCCUAUGAUGAAACAGGCCACGUCCCUUAGAUAUGGUGAGUUCGACCACAUCGCCGCAAGGGUCCUGGAACUGCCCUACGCCGGUGGUGCCAUGUCCAUGUUCCUUUUGCUUCCCAUGGGCGAGGGGACUCAAGGCUUCGCUAGCAUGGUAACAAAGCUGAACGAAAACAAUUUGCAAGCCGUGACCCUCGGGAAUAACUUGGUCAAGAAGGAUGUCGACCUUCUUUUGCCGAGAUUCAGGCUUGAGCAAACAGUUUCCAAGACUCUAAUCCCGGCUCUUCAGAACAUGGGGAUCAUCGAUAUCUUUGACAGCAGGAAAGUGGACUUAACAGGUUUUGGACCUCUGCGAAACAUCACCGUCGACAAAGCCAUACACAAGGCCUUUGUGGAGGUGAACGAAGAAGGCACAGAGGCUGCUGCGGUAACGGCGGCCAUCCUAGUGUUCAAGUCGGCGUCGAGCAGUCGAGACGACCUGCCCAUCCAAUUCCACUGUAACCGCCCUUUCGUCUUCCUCAUCCAGGACAACGAUACCCAAAACAUUCUCUUCAUGGGAGCCUUUAAGAACCCGCGAGGAAGGGCUCAGUGAGGGAGAGAUCCUUUGAGCGGCAACAGGCUGGUUAAGAAGUAGAUGCUGCUCAAGCGAAGCGAAGUUUGGAAAGAAAUGGGAAGAGGAGAAGGAUCAUUAUAGACGAAAACGGAGCCGGUGCUUAGCCUGGCAUGCACAUUAUCUCGUCGGAAGAUUAUUUAGUGUCUCAUUUUGUACCAUUUUAGCCUUCGUAGUUUUAUCAGUUUUCACUUUUCAUUUAUUUGUUUCCUCUUAUUUCUCAGGGCUUGUCUCUGUCUCGUAUUUAUUGUAUUUUUGUUGUAUUGCAAAAUAUUGUUAAUAAAAAAUUAUCACAGAA